AUGACAACAUCUAAACUGAAUACAAAUCCAACGAUCCUAUCAAAACUUGAAACAACACCAAAUCUGAAUUCUUACAAUCGUGAUGUUGGUCAACAACGAAUUUCGCCAUCUAAACGAACAGCAAUGAUUAAUAAUUUGGAUCCAUUGAUAGAUAAUAAUAAUACAACAGUUUUGCAUCAAUCAAAAACUUGUCAUUCAUCUCGGUCAACUAAACAAAAAGAAAAAUGUGAAAAUGCGAAUAUAUCAUUAUCAAAACCUGAAAGUGUCAGCGAAGAAAUGUAUACAACUCCAUUAAAUAAUGACGAUACAAGAAUAUCUUCAUCGAUCAAACAAAAACAACAAGCGAGACAAGAGAUGGGAGAUUACAUUCGGCGAGAUCCCAACGAAGAUGCAGAUGAAGAAUCGAUGACUACUUAUGCUAUUAUGAGAAAAAAUAAAACGCCCAAUGAACAUAUUCAUUCAUCAUUAAUAUCAUCAAACAAUUCUGCUAUGCAUGUACAGCAGCAACAACAGCAAGGCAUGGGCGAUCAUUAUCAUACUAGUACAAGACAACAUAGAACGAGAAGUAAAACAACUGGAUUAUUAAAUCGAAAAUAUCAGCGACUGAUGAUCGAACAGCAAGAUCUUGAUACAUCAUUGGAUGAGAAAAAUACAUAUCGUUGGCGCAUAUUUAUAUAUAUAAUCCUCCUAGUUGUAUUAGCUUUUAUUGUUUAUCGAUUCUGUCUUGCCGUAUGGCCUAAACGAAAAAAGACAUUGAUGGAACAAUUCAUUGAUGAUAUAUAUAAUUUUUUUACACCUUAA